GACAGUAGAAUUACUGUGCAGUUUUAAACCGUUAGACUCUAUAACUUUUUCAAGUUAAAGCACAUCACUAAGAGCUUAAACCAGUGAAUUCCUGUGGUUCUAACCAUUUUUUCAUCUAUACAUGUUGAAUUUGUUACCCUAAACUAUGGAACGUUAUAAUGACGAAUUAAUGGAAGAUAACGUUGUAGACGAUAACUCCAACCCAAACGAGGGAUCUCAUUUGUCUAUGGCCAAAGAUGUCUCCAAAAUGAGUAUUGUGCAAAAAAACGAAAAUAUUAAGACUAACGAUGUAAUACCAUUGUAUUUGAACGAAUAUACCGAGUGUUUUCAAUCGGUAAGCAAGGAAUUCUUAUUUAAAUACUGUGCAUGUUGUUAUUUUAAAAACGUUGAAGCCAAAAUAAUUGAAGAAAUUAACAAAAUGAAAUUGGAAACUGAUGUACAGACUAGAAUUGAAGAAUAUGUUAAUAUUAUUAAAACAGAACUCGUCAUCAAAAAUAUGAAGACAAUUGUAGAGAUGGAAAAUUGUGGCGUUGUGUAUAUGUUGAGGAAUAACCAACAUGAUGAUUUGAAAUGGAUGUACAAUUUUUUGAGUUCUGUGAAUGGUGGUGUAAAAGUGAUGUUUGAUGGAAUGCGUCCAUAUUUUCGUGAAGUAGGAGAAUCAGUUGUACUUAGAACAAAAGAAAUUUAUAAUUUUAAUACUUGUGUUCAGAGUUUAUUGGAUUUGAAAAAAAAGUUUGAUGAUUUAAUGGUAAAUUUAUUCAACAAUGACCCCUUAUUUGAAGAAACUAUUGGUGAUGAAUUUCAUUAUUUCUUAAACUUGAAUUCUUUAAUACCUUUUUAUCUAUCUUUUUUCAUUGAUGAAAAACUAAGAAGAGGAAACAAUACGUAUAUAAAAAAUAAACCGAAAGCUGAUAUUAACAACAUUAUAUUCAUGGUAAAAUAUCUUAUGGACAAAAAAUCGUUUGAAUAUACCUAUCAAAUUAAUUUAUGCAAUAGAUUACUUCAUUUGAAGUUUUUCAGCGUGGACAAUGAGAAUAAAAUGAUCGCCAAACUUAAUAGUACAUAUGACAAUGACAGUGGCACUUUAUUUAUUUCCAAAUUAAAUAGUAUGAUAUGGGAUAAGUUUGUGUUGUCCAAAAUUAUUAUGAGCCACUAUAAAGACAGGGUUGAUGUAAACAAGUGUAUUUUUGGCAUUUCAAAAUCUUUUGAUUUUGACAUUGAUGUAAAUGUAAUAACUCCAGUUAAUUGGCCAGUCGAUCGAAAAUUAAAACAUGAAAUACCGUCAUUUGGAUUGUGUGCUUUUAAUGAAUUCAAAACAAUCUACAAAGAAAAUAUCCGGGAUAACGCCAAUAAGAAAUUAAUGUUAUUACCUCAGUUUGGUACAGUUGAAUUGAACGCAAAUUUGUAUGGCAAGCCUUCUUUGGAUAUAGAAUUUGAUAAUGAAUUACCAAAAAAUAAAAUUAAGCGGGAACAUCGAAAGAUCAAACUUGAAGUAACAACUUACCAGAUGUGUGUGCUUGACUUGUUCAAUACUAAUAAUACAUUAACUUUUCAAGAAAUACAAAAUAAAACUAAGAUUCCUAAAAAUAGUUUAAUUAAGUCUUUACAAGACAUGAUGUAUUUUGGCAAUUAUUUGAAGAAUUUACUUAUCAAAACUCCAAGGGACCGAGAAAUAAAUAUGACUGAUACAUUUUUUAUUAACGAAUCCUUUGAAUGUAUAUAAAUGUAAAUAUAAAUAUAAUGUAUAUAAGGAAGUUUAACAUAGAAGUAUAAUUUUUAAUAAUUAUUUGAUGGAAAAGUUAAACUAAGUAAUUAAUGUACUUUUAUGUUUAAAAUAAUCUAAUUAAAUAUAUUUAUAAAAAGUAUAUUUGUAUUUGUUUAGUUAUGUAAUAAGAUCAAAAACCA